GUUGAUCCAAGUACUGGUGAGGCCGAGGAUGAUGGAGUAGAGGACGAGUACCAAUUAGAGGAGCUUGAAGUUGUUGCAGCUGAUUACAUGUUGAAGGUGGGCGUCUCUAAUUUCAGGAAUGCUUGGGAAAGCAUGGGCGCAGAUUGUGAACGUGUCGAUGAAUAUGGCCUUGGUCCUAGGGAAAGCCUGGCUGAAGCUGUUAAUGCUGUCAUAGAUCUUCUUGGCAUGCAACCUUGCGAGGGCACGGAGGUUGUCCCCAACAAUUCAAGAUCACACACUUGUCUUCUAUCUGGAGUAUACAUCGGCAACGUCAAGGUGCUUGUGCGGCUACAAUUUGGACUUGACGGUCCAAAGGAUGUGGCGAUGAAGCUUGCUGUUAGAUCUGAAGAUGAAGCUGUUAGUGAUGCAAUUCAUGAGAUUGUAGCCAGUGGCUAGGUUAUCGU